GCUGUGACUUGGCACAAGGCGGCUUUUUCAUUAAGAACGGGGAAUAUCUUUGCACCUUGGAUUACCAGCGCAUGUAUGGUACCCGCUGCAAUGGUUGUGGGGAGUUCGUGGAAGGCGAAGUAGUGACAGCUCUGGGAAAAACUUACCAUCCAAGCUGCUUUGCCUGUACUGUUUGCAAGCGUCCAUUUCCACCAGGCGAUCGAGUUACCUUUAAUGGAAGGGACUGUCUCUGUCAGAUGUGUGCUCAGCCAAUGUCCUCCAGUCCAAAAGAAUUGUCUGCCUCAAGCAAUUGUGCUGGCUGUGGAAGAGACAUAAAAAAUGGACAAGCAUUGCUAGCUCUGGAUAAGCAGUGGCACCUAGGGUGCUUUAAGUGCAAGGCCUGCGGGAAGGUCCUAACCGGGGAAUACAUCAGCAAAGAUGGUGCUCCUUAUUGUGAAAAGGACUAUCAAGUUCUUUUUGGAGUCAAAUGUGAAGCAUGUCACCAGUUCAUUACUGGGAAAGUCCUAGAGGCAGGUGACAAGCAUUAUCAUCCAAGCUGUGCACGAUGCAGCAGGUGCAACCAAAUGUUCACAGAAGGAGAAGAAAUGUAUCUGCAAGGUUCCACUGUCUGGCAUCCCGACUGUAAGCAAUCCACUAAGACUGAAGAUAAGCUACGGCCCACAAGAACAUCAUCAGAAAGUAUUUAUUCCAGACCAGGUUCCAGUAUACCUGGCUCUCCAGGCCACACUAUCUAUGCAAAAGUAGACAAUGAGAUCCUUGAUUACAAGGAUUUAGCAGCCAUUCCCAAAGUCAAGGCCAUUUAUGACAUUGAGCGUCCAGACCUAAUUACUUAUGAGCCAUUCUACACUUCCGCCUACGAGGACAGACAGGAGAGACAGAGUCUUGGAGAGUCUCCAAGGACAUUAUCACCUACCCCUUCUGCAGAAGGUUAUCAAGAUGUUCGGGAUCGCAUGAUUCACAGGUCUACUAGUCAGGGAUCCAUUAAUUCUCCAGUGUACAGUCGUCAUAGCUACACACCCACCAUGUCACGGUCCCCGCAGCAUUUCCACAGACCUGGCAAUGAGCCGUCCAGCGGUCGGAACUCCCCUGUCCCCUAUCGGCCCGACAGCCGCCCUCUCACUCCAACUUACGCUCAGGCCCCUAAACAUUUCCAUGUUCCAGAUCAAGGUGUCAACAUUUACAGAAAACCACCAAUCUACAAACAACAUGCUGCUUUGGCAGCACAGAGCAAGUCCUCCGAGGAUAUCAUCAAGUCCUCCAAGUUCCCAGCAGCUCAUGCACCAGCACCCAACGAGAUACCAAAGAUUGAGACGGACCACUGGCCAGGUCCUCCCUCUCUUGCGGCCAUAGGAGCUGACAUGAGACGCAGAUCAAGUGGAAGAGAGGAAGACGAUGAGGAGCUACAGAGACGCCGGCAACUGCAGGAGGAGCAGCUCAUGAAGCUCAACUCUGGUCUGGGACAAUUGAUACUGAAAGAAGAGAUGGAAAAGGAGAGUCGCGAUAGGUCAGCCCUUUCUGCCAGUCGUUACGAUUCUCCAGCACAUGCUUCAGCUUCCAAAACCUCUUCUCUCCCCGGCUAUGGAAAAAAUGGACUUCACAGGCCGGUGUCUACAGAUUUUGGUCAGUACAACAGUUAUGGGGAUGUGAGUGGUGGUGUUAGAGAUUUCCAGUCCCUUCCGGAUGGUCAUGUCCCUGGAAUGAGAAUGGACAGAGGAGUAUCUAUGCCUAACAUGUUGGAGCCAAAGGCAAGUGCAGAUGUUAUUCACUUUCCUUCAAGACAGUGAAGAUUUGACUGUGAAACGCAGAUAAAAUAUGGGAAAUGUCUUAGUUCCCUUGUUUUUCUUUACCUCACCUCAGUCCCUGCUCCUUAUGUGCCAAACCUCUCCCUUUGUUCUGGACUUUGCCUGUUACAGGUGUUAGUACUCAGGCAGGCUGAGGGCAGCCCAGGUGUGCUUCUUGGGUUAAGGAGGCUUUUCCAGAAACAGAACAAAGAUACUGAAGAUGCUAAAGAGCUAGUUCUCUGUCAAGCUUUCACUAGCCAAAACAGCAGACCAAACCCAAUGGGAAAGUCUCAGAUCUGUCAGGCUGGAAAAGUGACGCAGAAUAUUGUGGCUCACAACACACUGUUGAGGCUGUCUUAAUUUAAAAAUUAAUGAAAUACAUGGAUCUUUGUUUCAAAUUGGAGGUUAGAUACCUACAUGUCUGUCUGGAUCUGUUCUUUAGCUCUCAGCACUGUUAGCCUGACACCUUUCAAUAAUGUUGAAUUCCCUAUAUAAGAAAUUCUUCAGGAGAUUUAUUGGAAAAAGAGGCAAUGUCAGCUGAAUAUAAUUUAAGAUAUAAAUUAAAACACUUUUACAGCUAUGUCUAGAGAUGUCUGAGUCAAAAAUGUACAUAAUAUAGAGGGGAUUCAACCAGCGCUGUGUUUUAGAUCUUAUAACUUUCUCUAUUGCUGGUGAACCUUCAGAGAAAUCAUGAUUUUGCUGAAGUUACAAGGAUCAGCAUUUCUGCAGUUAAGGAGCUCGUUUUGCAAACCAGAUUACUACUUGUGCUUCCAAGUCACCUCCAGACAAACUGUACAAGGCAAUAACCCUAGCUUUAUAAGCUGAGACCCCAGUGCAAUGUAUAUUAACAAGUGUUUUUAUAUAUUAUAUAAAUAAGACCUUGGAAACAUCCCCAGCUCCUGAGAUACUACUUUUUAGUCCAAAUAAUUUCUCUUUCAGUGCAAUAGGAAUUCUUACAGCCACCACUGCUGUUGAUGCACUCAGUGAUUUGGAAUGUUAUUUUGGGUGACAAAUUCUGUCAGUAUUAUUAGUGAUAAAAUUUAUGGGAAUUUUCAU